AUGGCGUCUCUUGCGAUGGCCGUGGUGAACGAGGCAGUGAAAGAGCUGCCUCUUCACAAAGCUAUAUCGGGAAUCUUUGGAAGCAUUAGCAUGGCGGCAUGGAUAUGCGUUAUUCUCCCUCAGAUGAUUGUCAACUACCGAGCGAAGAGCGCCGACGGCCUGAGCAUGCCGUUUCUGGUGGUCUGGAUGAUUGGCGACGCCACCAACUUGAUCGGCGGACUCUUUACGCAUCUCGCGCCGACAGCGGUCGCAUUGGCCAUGUACUUUUGCGUCGCCGACUUCCUCCUCAUCUCGCAGUGCCUAUACUACAACACGAUCAACGCUCGCCGAGCUGCCGAGGAGGCGGAGGCCACCGAGGAGGCGCCCCUUCUUGGAGAGCGGCGCAUGUCGCAUCGCCGAUCGGUGUCGAGCGUGGACGCCAGCAAGAUUGCGCCGGCCGGCGACGAGCUGAUUGAGCGGUCCUCGUGGUCGUCCAACGCAGCCAGCCUGGUUGGCGUAUAUGUUGUUGGAUUCAUGGGGUGGUACCUCUCAUACAAGGCUGGAGCGUACAACGAGGCAGACCCUGUCGUCUUCAACGCCGUGGCUUUUGAGUCGUCAGACUUGCUGGAGAAGAUUGGCAUGAUGCUGGGCUACUUUAGCGCAGUGUGCUACCUCUGUGCUCGAAUUCCCCAGAUCAUCAAGAACUACCGAGAAAAGUCUUGCGAAGGCCUCUCGAUUCUGUUCUUUAUGCUUUCCCUGACUGGAAACCUGACGUACGCCAUCAGCAUUGUGGCCUACUCCCAGGACAGGAAAUACAUCAUCAACACCAUCCCCUGGCUUAUUGGGUCUCUCGGCACGGUCGUCGAGGACGGCACCAUUUUUGUGCAGUUCCGAUUAUACGCCAACAACAGGCGAAGCGACGGCCAGGCAUAA